AUGUCAAAGGCCUUAUGUUGUUUUGCAUUUGAAAGCUUACAAAAUAAAGUAAACCAUACUACCAGUACCAAAAUCCCCUUAUCAACUUACUUCCAUCAAUUAUCAGAAUCAUCUUCAAAUGUCCCAUCAUCAGCACCAUUAUUCAUUACUUGGAAUCAAAAUGAAAAAUUAAGAGGAUGUAUCGGAACCUUCCAAGCCCAGCCGAUUGAAACCGGUGUCAAACAAUAUAGUCUUAUCGCAGCCUUACAAGAUCAUCGAUUUUAUCCUAUUCUGAAAUCAGAAUUAAAUCUGGAUUUGAGUGUAUCAGUGACAUUAUUAGAUAAUUUCAUUCCGAUUGAAUCAAGUGAAGAUUGGGAAAUCGGAUUGAAUGGAUUGAAAGUAUCGUUUGAUUUUGAAGAUCAACAUUAUUCCGGUACUUUCUUACCAUCAGUGGCUGAAGAAGAAGAAUGGGAUAAAGUUACUACAUUAUAUUAUCUUCUUAAGAAGUCUGAUUUCAAUUAUGUUAAAAAAGAUAAAGUGUUACUGUUCUAUGCUAAGGGGUUGAAAGAAGGAUGGAUGACUUUAACAAGGUAUGAUGGAUUGAAAAGUAGUUUAAGUUAUGAUGAUUUUGUCUCCAUUAGAGAAGAUAUUAAUAAGUAG